AUGGCAAGUUGUGCCGCUAUUGACGUUCUCCGGGGUAUGUGUAGCGAAACGAGUAUUGAUAUAAAUUUCGACCGCAUCGUACCGCAGGGCAGAAGACGAGAUGCGUCUUCUACGUUGAUCGUUAUGGCAGGAAACACACAUGGUCGCAUGGAUGACAAAAACGAAGAAGACACUUCCAACAGAUUUGGCACCCAGAAAUCAGCUGCGGUCAGUCGUAAAUUGACUGCUUUGUUGGUCUCAAUAUCGGAUCAUCUUCACAUUGUGUUUCCUUGGGCCGAGAGACACCAAAUGUUGAACCGUCUGGGGCAAGGGGACUACGAUAGCUCUGUCAGAGAGCCUAGCUGUUCGAAUUUGGGGAUGAUGCGGCUUGGACGGACUAUGAGACGAAACCAUAUAUUCUGA